CUCACUCAGUCUCCAUUUACACACGCAACUUCUUCUGUUAUUACACUUUACUGUUCUCUCUCUCCUGCCUUCUCUCUGCAACCUCUCUGAUUUUAAGAUUUGCCUUGGAUCAACUCUCUGUUGCUUUGGAUCUGAGCAAGCAUAGUGCUUUGAUUUUCCAUCGAUAUUUCAUCAUAUACCUAGUUAUCUGUGGACUGUGGAUAAUUGAGUAGUGGAGUGAAGGAAAGCAACAUGCCUUGGUGGAGUCUAUCAGUUGAUGUGUUCCGCAAUGUUGUGCGAUUGAAUUUGUAUUGCAGGGUUAUCCUGUAAAUUAUUACUCCUACCAAACCUCAUUCAAUCUUCAAACUCUUGGCUUGUGAUUCUUCAGCAAACUGUUAAUGGGACCCACUUGCUUUCUUAUCUUUUAUUGUGAUAUUUAUAGUAUUAGCUAAGAUUACUAAAACAACUUCUGGUUAAAUUGAAGCUCCCUCUGUUUCUUUCCUUGUUUGAUCCAAUUCUUAUUUGAGGUUUCUGUUUCUGCGUCAUCCUCAUCUUGUUUCACAGAAAUUCUGUCCAUUUCUCAUCUGCAUAUCAAGCUUGCCAUACUCUUACUUUAUAUUUUUAGUUCAUUGUCUUGUUAUCUGGAUAUAUUGAGUUUUGAGUGGUCAAAAGAAGUUAUGGUGUGCCAAGCAGCAAGCCAGACAAGAUUUCGGGCAUUAAAGUAUGAGAAUGGAAUUGCUGGAAAGCCGAUAAUAAUAGUUAGAGUCAUUGCAUGCUAUCAACCAUUGCAGGAUUGCCAGGCUGAGUACUUCCGCCACUUGCUUAAGCCCGUCACGUAGAUUGAUUACACAGUUGUGUUAUACUGUCAAGCUCAAAAUUUAUUGUUUCUAUUUUUUUUUCCUUGAAUUGUUCCUGAACGAAGAAGAAAGCUAAUUCAAUAUUGCAUAUUGAAGCUCAAACAUUGGUAAUUCUUUUGGUUGGAUGGUUAAAGCCAACAGUUCUUGGCUGUUCCCGCCUCAUUGUACUGGGCAAUCACAAAAUUUGAAUUGCAUGAGCACAUCAGUAGAGGCAGUGCAACCAGGAUAUUUGCCAGCAUGUGCGAACUCUGGCUUAUACACAUUGUCUGCAAAUGUGAUGAUGCCAGGGGUUGAAGACCCAUCCCUUCCAAGUUUGAACUCACAACAAAGUAAUGGAUAUGGGGAGUUACCUCAUAGUUUGCCCCCUUUCUUCCAGAACUCGUUUCCUGCCAUUUGCCCGUGUCCCAAAGAAAACUUUCCUGUGUUUCCUAAUGGGUUUUGCGGGGAGGCUUCACCAAAUGCAAUCCCUGGAUGUCAGCAGAAAUUUGCUAUUUUUGACCAGUCUGGGAAUGAAACGAGGUUAAUAUAUAGUGCUUUUUUAACUGCUGAUGUGAAACCAACUGUAGCUGCUAUAAAACCAGUUGGUGGUUCUUGUUUGCGUAAUGGAGAAAAUGCAGCUAAAAUGGACCAAAUCAAUCAAACAGUGCUGAAGUUGCCGGAAGUAUCAGAUGAGAAUAACUUAAGUGGUGAAGAAAGUGAGAUGCAUGAAGACACUGAAGAAAUCAAUGCCUUACUUUACUCCGAUGAUGAAGAUGAUGAGUAUACUGGUGGUGAUGAAGAUGAUGAGUAUGUUGGUGGUGGUGGUGGUGAUGAUGAUGAUUAUGAUGAUGAAGUAACAAGCACCGGUCACUCUCCUUUUCUGAUUAGUAGUAGUGGGAUGCGAGGACAUGUAGAGGAUAUAACAGAAGAAGUAGCUGGUUCUGAUGGUCAGAACAAAAGGCAGAAAUUGCUUGAUGGUGGGUGCAAAAGAAAAUCACUAGCAGACACUGCUAGUUUGACAGAACUCGCCGGAGUUCGGGGGUAUGUUUUUGAUAAUGAAGAAUCAAGCUAUGCUUUUGGCCAAAAUCAAGUAGAGGAAAGGCUUGUCGUUUGGGGGAACAAGCAAUUGAAAAAAGAUAAGAUUCGUGCAACAUUGAAAAUUCUGGAAAGCAUAAUUCCAGGGGCAAAGGACAAGGAUCCAUUAUUGGUUCUUGAUGUGGCUAUAGAUUACUUGAAGUCUUUGAAGUUUAAAGCCAAAACUCUAGGAGUGAACUACUUUUAAGUUUCACUCCUUCCUGCUUCCGUAUUAGUAUGUUGGCUAGUGGGUGGAAGGAAGAAUGAAGAAAAGUAGCAAUCCAAGAGUUCUUGGCUUGAAUGAUUGAUGAGUUUGAAAUCACUAUAAUAGCUUUUCUGAUGUGGUGUAAGCUUUUGGCUUUUUACCUCAAGUCCUGUAUAUAAUGUGCCAAUAAAAGGAGUAGUGGGAAGAUACAUAGCAAUUUGCUUGCAAGGGCUGAAGGAAAAAUGGGGUUUGGUUUGUUGACCACAGAAGAUAUCUUUUAGCUUUAUUGAAGAUUAAAGGUUAACAAAAGUCUAAAGAUUUGAAUGCAUGGGAUGAUGUUAGUGGUGGGUUGUUCAGCAAAUAAGAAGAAUUUCUUUGCCUAAGCGUUGAGAACCCCUAUGGUUUUAGUGCAUGCGCGUUAGGUAAUUUGGGUCCCACCCUCCACCCUUUCUUUGCUUUGAUUUUAUGCAGUUGUCUUCCUCUCUUUACCCUCCCACAUAAAUCAUAUUGGUGUUAAACUCUAUUGAAGUACCAAGAAAGUUUCAGUCAUAUGGGAAUACUGUAGAGGAGCACGGUAUCUCGUCGUGAAUUGUUGGGGUCCACUCCUUUUCAUCAAGUAAUCUCUUUACUUGCAUGUUUUCGCACGUGAUUGUUGGUGGUAGCUAUGGUACUUCUACAGUAUGCUGUGACAUGAGACCAUGGUCAUUCAAUAAAGUCCUUGGAACCCAGUAUGGUGUCUGUCAGUUUUCUGUGUUCAUUACUAGUAGUGAGUGUGAAUUUGGUGUUUAGUAGAAGAGUGGGAGUGAUUGAAUUGAAUGUAUCUUUUUAUUUUGGCCCUUUUUUUUCUUUCUAUUUUGUUCUUCCUUCUGUCCUGUGGAUGCAUGUGUCUGUAUUGGAAAAGAGAACAUGGUGUGUUGUGAUUUCAUUAAUAUAAAGAUGUUUUCUUGUGA